CGAAUCCAUUUCCUUCUUUCGCUCCCUUGGGUUGUCUCUUGUAACCUUGCUCGUUUCUUGCUUGCUUCAUCCGUGUUAAAUCACUCGACUCCUUUAUCACCUCCUCGAGUCCUCGCAGAUCGGUUACCGUUCCCUUCGAGAUCAUGCGGGAAGUCAACUUUAGUAUUCCUUCCGCCAACAAGGCUUCCGUCGGAAUCACCACUGCCCUUUAUGACCGCCGAGCUUUGGAUUGCACUUCGACCCUGCCUCUAAUAAAUUCACUCAACCAUUUGGCUUAUUUAACCACCUCGUCGGCUCGCAUUCGAGACAUCCUCACCAUCGAUGGCGGAAUAGAACGACUGGUGGUCAUAUUGAAGGAAGGCCGGAGCAAGGACCUGAUGAGCAUGUGGAAAUGGAAUUUGGCAUUUCAGUGCGUCGUCAACAUUGGGGUUCGAGGCUCGGAGAAAGUCCGGACGAGGGUGGUCGAGGCGGAUAUGGUUCCUGUGAUCGCGACCAUACUCGACAACUACAUCCGAGUCGUCGACCGAGUUACCAAACGGAGCGCCGCAGCUGCCCAGGGCUCACGCGCUAGAGAGAAUCGGGGGUCGUCGUCGUCAUCGUCCUUUACUGUACGUCGUCCGGGAGCUGCUCAGUCCGAGAUCCCGCCGCAGGUGGACAUUGUGGUGCAACAGCGAGGUACGAGUCAGGUUCGCUACCCGCAGGCAACGAACGCACGGCACCACCACCACACCCACACCCACACCCACCAUCAACAGGAUAACCGACCGACGUUUCCAUAUGUUGCGCCGCGCGAGUUCAACGGACUGCAGCCUCUACCGACGAUGGACACCACCUUGGCCAACGAAUUCGGGCUUCAGCCGGUUCGCGACGCUGACCGGUUACCCUCGAUGCUGUCUGUAGGAGGUGCAUCUCAGCCCGUGUCGCCGACCACACCGGGACCCACCACUACCGCGAACGUCACACCCUUGUACAACGACAGAGUUGUGCCCCGGGCGGGACGGCCCUCGGUUCGUCGCCAGCGAUCGAUCUCGGGCGAGUCUGAUGAGGCCGGUGCGGACGAGAUGGGGAACCAGGCACCGGUUGGGAAUGGGAAUGAGCCGAUUGUGGAUAUCCAGAGCGAUAUGGACAUGGACAUGGGAGGAGAUGCUAUGCUGGAGUCGGUCGACGAGCCCAUGACGCUUGCCCUUCCCGGAACGGAUUCCCAGGACGAGGGGGAGACGUUCAACAUUACUCACCGGUCUCCGGUUGAUGGUAGCAUCAUCAAUCCGACAGGUCCGGUGAAUACCGCGCUCGGAGGACCCGCAGUGAACCAGCCGCUCUCGAUCGCCGGAUCCCUACAGAUGGUUUCCCGAUACACUAUGGACGCCGGUUCAACGUCGGCACCGACCCUUCCCUCGUCGAUGCCACGCGAGGAGGAUGUUCUCAUGUCAUUGCAGCUGUUGGCCUACGUCUCGAAAUACUGCAAUCUGCGGUCCUACUUUCAGCAGUCACACCUGGUACCACGCCUCAUGAUUGAGAAAGAACUGCACCUGCUGGACGAGGAAACCGGACGACGCCGCCCGCCGCCCGUCAGGAGGGAGGAUGAGAUGGAAGAGUACCUGUUGCCCGACGACUUCAACGUCUUCCCUCUGGUCGAGAAGUUCACUGUCCGACACCACCCCUCGGACAUGCAAUACUGGGCCGGUGUCGUCAUGAGGAAUCUGUGUCGGAAGGAUGACUCGAAGGGCGGAAUUAGGCAGUGCGCCUACUACGAGUGCGGCAAAUGGGAGGAGUUCACACGUCAGUUUGCAAAGUGCCGCCGAUGCAGACGGACCAAAUACUGCAGCAAGGAUUGCCAGAAGAGUGCAUGGGUCUAUCACCGCCAUUGGUGUGUAGCGGCAACCACGGACAAUGGUGCGUAGUGGAAGACACGGGCUUUUUUCAUUUUGGAGGCGCCUCUCUCCUCAGGGAGGUUUUUUAUGCCCUUUUGAUUAUUAUCUCUAUCCCCUUUUUCCUGCUCUUCGUCUACUCUUUGUCUU